CGCCGCUGCCCCGCGGCGGCAGAGCGAGCUCCAGGUUGGGUCCUCAUUUUUGUUUUGUUGUUGUUUUGUUUUAUUUUAGAUACAGUAAACACUGGCAGAAGCUCUAGAGCCAAAGAUGAAUCUGUGGCAUGGCCGAAGAAUUGCUUCUCUGCAGUGCGAUGAGGCGUCAUGUGAACUACCUCAGCUGGAGCUGUCAAGGAUUUAGCUCCAAAGAAAGGUUACUGAAGAACUAAUUAAGAAACUACUAGGAAGGAAAGAUUGGACAUUUUUUAAUGAUUGAUAGUCUGGAUAAAGGAGACACACCAGAUUGGCUCUCUCAGGACUUCACUAUAACAUUUGUGUGUUGGAAAUUACUUUUUAAACUGAAAGAGAUGGAAAAAUUGAAGAGAAGAGGUAUUACUGCCCACCAUGAGAAGAUCAUCCAUACGUCUUAGUAACUGCUUUGAAUAUUCAUUUACGGGAGAGGAAAACAAUGAAGAUGCGCAAAUACCUCACCUCAGUAUGGUUACUUAUUCUAGUGAUUCUUGCAAUAAUAAACACUGAACUCACAAUCUGUUUGUUCCACAAGGACAAAAAUCCAAACCACACAGCCAGUGACAAACAGAUGCUAGAUUCACUGGCGUAUUAUUAAACUGCAGCAAUUCUGUUCCAGUAACUAGUGAUACAAAGAAUUCUGUGGCCAAAACUGAGAGGAAUGAACAGUGUGUCCUCUUGAUGAGAAAAUAAGAAUUGUUCCUAAAUUGGAUAGAACAAUGCUACAACAAUAUACGAUGUGUUAACUCAGACUGUAUUUGCAAAGUUAAAAUAGUAGUUGAUUUUGUAUUUUCUGUAUGUAUUCUUAUAGGCUAGCAAAACCCAAGCAUUUACUUUAUAGCCUAAUGGUUGCAUAGGUGCAUUCCUUGUGAAUACUGAUAUGUAGGUUAUUUAUGGAUGUACCGAUAAACAACUUUUAAAAGUCUUUUUUUUUUUCAUAAUGUGUGACCAUUUUUUAAGAUAACAAACUCCUCUCCUGCUCUUUUUACCAAACCUUCAAAUACUGGAUAUAAUGCUGGGUUACAUGGGGAGGUACUAGUAGGUCAAUGAAGAGAGGUGGAAACUAAGCUCACUGUAUUGCAAUGAAGUUUGUAUUGGGUUAAAUGUAGUUGUUUUCUAUUAAUACUAGAUCUUCAUUGUCCUUCCAUUGUAGGAUUUUCAAUUUAAAAAUGUUUACUUGUUUCAUUAGACUAUUACUUGCUGUUCUAUACUGUAAUACUGUGAUAUAAUUCUUCAUCUGAGAUAUUUAAGUUUCUUAUAUUCAGAAAUGGAUAGUUAGGGCAUAAAUGGUAGAAGAGACACUUAGUAAAAUCAACUCAUGUUUUUUGAGCCUAGUAUCUUUAGAAACCUAAAGGAAUAGAGACAAACAGUACUACAUAAUAGAUUCUGAUAAGACUAUACGACAUAACCCAGCAAUAGAUGGUGGAAAGUUCAAUAACUUGCUUUCUGCAUCUAAUUCAUCUAAAAGUAGGUGAGAUUCAUGAAGCUGACGUGAUGGCCUAGUAGCUAUACUUGAAUGUUCUGAUCACUUCAAUAAAGUUAGUAGGCUACUGAAGUUCCUGAAGAUGAACAUAAGAGCAUAUUUUUCCCAUAUGUUUUUGAAUUUUCAAAUGAACAAUUUAGUAUACAUCUUUCUGAACCCCUCUCUUUUUCUUAUCCCAAAGACACUCUUACUGUGACUGAGUUCUUGUUAAUAAUUAAGUUAUUGUUGAAUAUCUUGACAAUUAGCUCUGCACUCCUUUCACUCCUUUUUUUUUUUUUUAACCAACACAGCCAGAUAUUCAGCAAUGGAGAGACUGUGUGAGGGAGAAGUUUGAAGAAAGGUAAGCUGGCUUACUGCUACACAAGAUUUGAAGAGCCAGCUGAGAUGAUAAUUCUUCAUUACUACACUCAAGAUUUCGGAGGUGGGAGAAUGAUACAUCUGGUGUAUCCAUUGCUGUGAAAUCCGUCAGUCAUGACAUUUUUCACUAAAUUCCAAGAGCAGCUCUCUCCAUAGCAACUGAAAACUUUUCAAGGCAGCAAUAAACUAAUCCUCUCCAGCUUCCAGAGAACCAUCAAGGAAUUUUAAAAACAUUGGACUUCCAGCAGCUAAAUACUUGUGAGGAUUCAAAGGCCACAAAGCUAGAGAUACACAAUCAUUCUUUUUUCCCUACAAAAGAUUCCUCAGGUUUCAAGUUUAAGCUGUGAAGUGCAAACAACAACCGAACAUUCAGUACAGAUCACGCACGGCAGGAAGAGGCGAUGUGUUUUCUGACCAAGCAUCCAGCUCUUGGGGUGGUAUGUUCUGCUUUCAUAUUCAGCGUGCUCAUUGCUGAAGGACAGUCUGGGGAAGAGCAUGGGCAGGAUGGCAGCUAUGCUCCCAGCCGUGGCUAUCUGAUGGAAGUUUUACGCGUUCUUUCAGCUGACAGCACUGAGCUCCACAAGAACCGCUCACGAGAACUGGUCAAAAUGUUACUGGAGAGAGCUGAGUGCCCACAGCGGAUUUAUGGCAUGCAAGAGGAUUGUAAUCUGUGCCUUGAACCAGAUGCUUUGUUACUAAUAGCUGGUGGAGAUUUAGAAGACCACCUCAGUGAAGAAGUAUUUGAGAGAAUUUCUCUUAUUCUUCUCUACUAUAUUCUUCAUCAAAGAGAUAUGUGUUCUUCAGAACUCAGCUUGAGUAGUAAGGACUAUAAAUUUUACCUACAGAGCAUGCUUAGUUUAAGGCAUGAUGAAGAUUGUUACUAUUUUUCACAGAAUGAAACUGAAGAUAUUUUGGCUGCAGUAAGACAACAUUUUAAAACUUCUGAAACCCAGUGUGUUGAUGUGAGCACUCUGAAGAAAAAUGCUGAUAUAAUGGACAAAGAUGGUGCUGAUGAAAACACACUUCCACGCCUGGCUGCUUCCAUCAUUACUCUGGCUCUCCAAGGAGUCUGUAUGGGGAAAACAAGUUUACCCUCCCCAGAAUUCUUUAUAAAAUAUAUUUUCAAUUCUCUAAACAGUACCACUGAGCUCCAAGUGACAGAACUAGAUGAACUCCUAGGCAUGCUUACAGCCAGAAAGACCUGCACUGUAAAUGGACAGUUCCACAGUCACAAAAGAAGACAUCAUAACAUGACAAUCAAAAAUAUUGGAACCAUAAAUAUUCCAGUCAAAGCAAACCAUACGAAUGGAGACUAUGUGAAAGGUUACCUUGAAGAUCGUGAAAGGAACAGAGAUUGGAAUCAGGCUUGUUUCUCGGCCAAUGAACUCGUGAAGAUAUUUUUAAAAACUAGUCCUUCAUCCAUUUCUAAGGAGCACUUCAAGCAAAUCAGUCCAGCAAUCAUUCAGCAAAUAUUAAGUUGUUCAUGUCAACUUACUGAAUCCAAGCAGACAAAGCUUCCACCAACAACUUUGGAAAAAUAUGGCUACAGCACUGUUGCAGUUUUACUUAUUACUAUUGGAUCUAUGUUUGGUACAACCCUCAUUUUAUUUAACUCCUGUCAAGAAAUCUAUACACUCAUUUUACAGCUGUUUGUGGGUUUGGCAGUUGGGACCCUUUCUGGAGAUGCACUGCUACACCUUAUUCCGCAGACUCUUGGUUUACAUAAACACGAAGCACAAGAGGUAGAACAUUUCUAUGAAGGGAAAGAAUAUAUUUGGAAGCUUUUGGGAAUAGUUGGAGGAAUUCAUGGAUUUUUUCUGAUAGAAAAGUGUUUCUCUCUUUUGGUAACACCACGUGACCAGAGAAGCCCAGAAGAUUCUGAGUCUGCUGAACUUCCUCCAGACAAUAAGGCGAUCAGCAAAAAAAGUAAAAGAAUUAGCUUGUUAGCAAUAAUGGUUCUGGUGGGUGACGGUCUUCACAAUUUUGCUGAUGGCUUGGUAAUAGGAGCAGCAUUUUCAUCCUCAACAGAAACAGGUGUGACAACAACUGUUGCUAUUUUAUGCCACGAAAUUCCUCAUGAAAUGGGAGAUUUUGCUGUGCUGCUAAGUACAGGGCUCCCCACGAAGAUUGCAGUUCUGAUGAAUUUUAUAAGUGCACUAACAGCCUUCUUAGGGCUUUAUAUUGGCCUUUCUGUAUCAGCUGACCCAUGCAUUCAAAACUGGAUUUUUACUGUUACAGCUGGAAUGUUCUUGUAUUUAUCUUUAGCAGAAAUGCUUCCUGAAAUGACUCAUGUUCAGACACGGCGACCCUGGUUGAUGUUUCUCCUACAGAACCUUGGAUUACUAUUAGGUUGGCUUUGCCUCUUACUUUUGGCUAUAUAUGAACAGAAAAUUAAAAUAUAAGUUUUCUGUCAGAAAUCUUGAAGUACCACUUAUGAGACUGGAUAGCAUUAUUCACAAUUUUGUCAUCUGCUAUAGUGAUAUAUAAAUUAAAAGUUGUUGGGAUUUUUAUAUCUGAAACACAGUAGAUAACUAUUUCACUUUAUUAACUUAUUGUUCAGAUUUUGUAAUUUUUUUAAACAUGAAUAUUUAGAAUUAUGUUUUAUUUGUUACUGAGUUCACCAAAUCCCAUGCUCAAACUCACAGGAGCUUUUGAUUAGUUUUUAUUGAGACUGUUCUAGUUAAAUGCUUUCAGUGAUCUCUGCCAAUCAGAUUGAAGAAAAGAAUAAAACACUUUUAUAUGCAAUAAUUAAACCAGACUGACCAUCAUUGAAUAAUUUGAAGCAGAAAAGUUUGUUGCCUCAUCAAAGAAUAAAUGUAAAUGUAAAUAAAUAUGCACUAAAAAGUACAGCAAAACUAAACUGUUAAAUUGCAUACUGCAAAUUGAAUUAUAAUAUAAUCUACACUGCAUACUUUGCCAACACAAUGGUACUCCUAUCAUUCUGGUCCACUGUAGCAGGGAAUUAUGUAGCAUGACAAGUGUAGAUUUUAAAGUUGGGAUGGUUUAGACAGCGUAUAGUCUAGGAAUAUCAGAAUGUCCUUUUCUGACUAUAACAUUUUUUCUUACAUAUGUGACGGAAUCUGUGACAGUCCAGUGUUGUGUCAUAGUAACUGUCAUACUUAAUCAUCCAAAAG